UGUCGUAUUGGUGGAAGAAUGCUUGUUACCUACUCCUUUUUAAGUUCCCAAAUAACCCAAAACCAAACCAAACCAAAGCAAAGGUAUCAGAAUAAGGUGUUGCAAUGGAGCGCCACAAAUGCAAGCUCUGUUCCAGAACAUUCGCCAAUGGCAGAGCCCUCGGUGGCCACAUGAAGGCUCACUUAGCCACCCUACCUCUUCCCCCCAAACCAGAACCUCUUCCUCACUCUCUCAACACUUUAUCUUCCAAUUCAUCUUCACAACAUGAUAAUGAAGAACAAGAACAAGACAAGGCUCUCGUCAACUACGCCUUGCGAGAGAAUCCCAAGAAAUGUUUCAGGCUCGCAGAUCCCGAGUUCGACUCCGGCGCCGUCGUGCAAGACAGGGAGAGCGAGACCGAGUCAAAGAACCCAACCCGCCGACGAUCCAAGCGCCCACGCAGGCCCGCCAAUUCCCAGCCCAAGGCCCGGCCCAAACUCAGUUUCAUGGAGUCACCUGAGCCCGUCAGCUCCGUCUCCGACACUUCCCCCGAGGAGGACGUCGCCAUGUGCCUCAUGAUGCUGUCCAGAGACCGUUGGAGCAAGAACACCAACGGCGCUGUCGAAGAAGAGAGAUCAGUGGAAGAGAUCAAGUUCAGAAGAGUCCGCCAGAAGCACCAGUGCCAGAGUUGCGAGAAGACGUUUCGAUCUUCACGCGCAUUGGGCAGUCACCGAAGCAUUUGCGAAGGGUCGGGUAACGAUAGUAAAAUCUUCGAAUGCCCCUUUUGUUCUAAGGUUUUUGGGUCUGGUCAAGCACUGGGUGGCCACAAGAGAUCUCACAUGGUACCUUCUUCCUCCUCCACCGCCAACGAUUCCACCACCCGCUUCAAAGACAGCUUCAUAGAUCUCAACUUCCCCGCUCCACCCGAAGAAGACGAACUCAGCGUUGUUUCUGAUGCCCAAUUCGAUGACUAAUUCAUUCAUUACAUGGGUAAAGUAAAGUAAAGUAAAGUCUUCUCUUUUCUGAUAUUGUUUUCAUUUUUUUAUAGUAGGUAAGAAUUAAUAUUCCAUUGGGUUCAUUGUUGGAUCAAAUGCUUUUGAUGGUACAAUGAUAGCUUAUAAUUUAUGUUUUCACCAA